CUGUCUACCAAACCAAACCAUCAACCCCCAUCACCUAUUUAUCUCCCCUUACGCUCCCCUCCGCCGACUCACACUCCCGACUCACCAUCCCUUUGUUCGCCGACCGCUCGCGAGAGCAGAGUAGAGCCAACGAGAUGGCCCCUCAGGACCUAUACAUAGAGGAGGAGGAGGAUACAUGUCCGCUAUGUAUCGAAGAGUUCGACCUGACAGAUCGAAACUUCCGACCGUGUCCCUGCGGUUACAAAGUCUGUCAGUUCUGUUUCAACAACAUCAAAAAUAAUAUGAACGGGCUUUGCCCAGCAUGCCGACGACCCUAUGACGAAAAGACAAUCCAGUAUAAGAUUGUGACUCCCGAGGAAGCCGCCGACUUUGCGAGAAACAUCCAGAAAAAUCACAAGAAACGCGUGCAAGAACAGAAGCAGAAAGAGGCGCAAAAGCGCGAGGUCGAGAAGGAAUCCCGAAAGAACCUCAUCGGCGUACGCGUCGUCCAGAAGAAUCUCGUUUACGUAACCGGCCUCGCCCCAGGCGGCCGGGAAGACGAGCUGCUCAAGACGCUUAGGCGGCCGGAGUACUUUGGGCAAUACGGUGUCAUCCAGAAGAUUUCGAUUUCCAAUCGGAAGUCCCCCGACGGACAACAUCAUUCCCUCGGUGUCUACGUCACCUUUGAGAAGAACGAAGACGCUCUCAAGUGCAUCCAGGCAGUCCACGGCUCAGUCAACGGAGAACGUGUGCUCAAGGCUCAAUAUGGUACGACAAAGUACUGUUCUGCCUGGUUGAAGUUUGAGAAGUGCAACAACCCUGGUUGCAUGUUUCUGCACGAGAAGGCGGACGAGGAAAACAGCUAUUCUCGGCAAGAUCUAUCAUCUAUGAACAGCAUCCUUAGUCAGACACAGCGACCACUUAGCGGCGGUGGCGGACCUUCAUCUGCUCGGGCUGCUUCUCGACAAAUGCCCUCACAACCCACUCCACCACCUCUAGCAGCCCAAGCCAUGCAACGCUCCUCAAGCAAAGAAGGGACAGACACCCCCGUCGACUCUUCCGCACUGCCGUCGUCGGCAAGCUGGGCCCGUAACCCUCAGCGGAGCCGUAGGGGUAGUCACGCCACGACCGGAACUGCUUCCAGCCCCGCUGUGUCGGCAUCUUUGCCUGCGACCAAUGAGGCUACGGAGGAAGCAGUCGAAGAACCUCAGUGUCCACCAGGCCUCGAAGACCUCAUUGAAACCUAUGAUAUUCAAUUUGCAUUGGCAAAACGGCCAGACCUUCCACCCUCCAGCGAGUUGUUGAAGGUCUUUGCCAAAAGCGCACCCGCUUUCAACCACAGCAACUUCCCCAAAGAGUUGCGAAACACUGGCAAGUAUUUUCCGAUGUUCGAUAUGCAUGGCGGUGAGAAGCGAAGACGCAUGCGUGAGGAGGACGAAACUGCCCGAGUCGGUGACGGGGACGAGCAGGGCGAGACCCAGGUUGCCUCAGAAGGCGAGCCUGAAAUUAGUGGUGGUAGUCUCGCUCUCGGCGGCGAACCCGAGGAACGCGACAUGGGUGGAGACGGACACGGCUUUGAGCAGCGCCAGGCCCAGCCUCCCAUACAGCGCGGCAGCACUGACGGCAUCCUGGGCGGUGCUCUCGCAGGCUCUGGCUUUGGUUUCGGUCAUAGCAGCAACCUCAACCGAUCCAUGACGCCUCAGCAUUUGGCCAUGAGAGGCCAGAGCGCUUACACCGAACAGCUGCCGCCCGGCAUCUCGAGCCAGAGCACCAUGUUUCAAGGCCCCGGUCACAAUCGCCAGUCGUCGCGCUAUAGUUUCGCCAACGACAACUCGACCUCGGCCACGGCCGUUAAACUCGCCGGAAAUUCGAGGGCCAUGGCUCAGCAGUCGUCGAUGAUGCCAAAUUACCAGACCCCUGGCUCCAACCAGUACUACCCGAGCACCAUCGCUGGGCCGCCACCCGGCCUCAAGUCGACGGGCACGCCUCCUAGCAUGUAUAGCCAGUUUGGUGCUGCGGGCAUGGGCGGAGCCCCCCGGGAGUCGUCUAACGAGCUCUUGCAGAACGUCACUGGGCGUAACCGCGGCGGCGGCAACCAGCCUCACGAUGCUGGAAAGCUCGAUCUUGUGGACCCGAGCAUCUUGCAGGCACGGAUGCAGCACCAGUCGCAGAGCAAUGCCGGAGUCGGCCAGGGACUGUUUGGAAGUCAGAGCCAAGAUGACGAGCUCGCAUUAGAUCCAGAGGCACGGAGCUACGUGGAUCAACUAGUCGAUGAUCCGCCGAACGUUUUCACCCCGGCCAACGCCACGACUUCAAUGACUCCUGGACCAUCCGCUCCCCCAGGAUUCUCCAGCCCUCACAGAUACACAGAGUCUUCGUUCCAGGCCUCGUCAUCGCCAGCUCAGGCACGGUUAUUAGGCGUGACCCCCGCUGUGCCGAAGAUGCCGCUGCAAAGCUUCGAUCGCCGAGCCAUCAUACAGGAACAGACGACGCAGAAGAGCGCCACGGCAUCAGAGACGCAGCGGAAAGGUAAAUCAGCGGCUAGCAACAAUGACGUGCCAGCCGUGAGCCCGGCUGAGCCAGCCCACGGGCGACACCGGGCUGGGCUGUCGGCCGAAGAAUUCCCUACGUUGGCUGCGGCCACAGCUUUUAGGAAACAGACUACAUCACCUGCCGUCCUGACGCCGCCCUCCCCUUUCCUCGCUCCGGGCUCCAAGAAGCUAGACAAAGGCAAGGCGCCCGAUAAACCACCGCAGAUGGCAGCAGAGAAAGCUCCUGAGGCGGUUCCGGGCAGCCCAGUCCCUCCGUCUAAGCCAACAGGCAAAAGGGCUGGAAAUGCCACCAAAGCUGGCAACAGGGCACCACCAGUGAACUCGGAAGACGUCGUCAAGGCGAAUGCAUCGGGUCGAUCGUCCGCCCAGUCUGCCACUCUGGCGCAACAAGCUGCACCGAAGGCGAUCCGAGUGAUGCCGGUCAACAAGGCUGACAUUCCCAGCCAACCCUCCCCUGUUCCUUCGGUCGCGGCCAAGACGGCGGCAGGAUUCCAGCGACCAGAUACACCAGGCAGCGAAAUGGUCAGUGACACGGCUAGCAUGGUGUCCGCAUCUGUAGACGCUUCUCGGGCAGGCUCGCCGCCACCGGCUCGUGUCGGCACCGCGGCAGUUCGAGCCUCGACAAAGAGCUCACAGCGCAAAGAGCGCAAGAAAGCCAUGAAAGAGGAGACGAAGAUAAUAGUCGAAGCCCCCAAAUCGGAGCCGGAAGAGCACGCGCCAAUCCUGGGGCGCAAGAAGAAGCAGAAGAAGGACAAGCCCUCGAAGGCGCCAACGGCGCACACCCAGGAAGAGACUUCGCUGCCGACCAUCGUCAAGGACGAGGAGCCGUCCAGCAUUGCCGCAAAACAAAAUGCCGGCAGCAACAAGACGCCGGUCGAAGUUGACGCCAAGGCGAAGAGUCAAGGCCAGAAGAAGUCGGCCAAAGCAAAGACCAAGGAAAAGGAACCACAGCCAGAGCCACCAGCAGAGACACCGCAACAGCCAGCUCCCGCGGCCGUUGAGCCCCAGCCGGAAGUGCAACCCCCGGAACAAGAUCGACCGAAUCUUAAUCCGUUCCAGGCUUUCCAGGCGGUACGGGCUCUAGUCUGGCGGACAGCUGUUGGUGGCCUGCAGAUGCUCAGGCCUGUGGGCGAAGGACGAGGCGCCGGAGGACCGCCGCGACAAGACCACGGCGGCUCGAACGGUCCAGCCAACAAAAGUGGCUACUGCAAGGACUGUGCGUGUAAGUGCGGUGAGGUCAACGAAAACGACCUUGCGACCCUUCGUGCGGGCAAGCCGGUUCGGAAGAAGUUCCACACUGAUGGCAGCCGGAUGAUGAUUACGCCAAACGGGGACUGCAUCCGCUCCCUGACACCCGAAGAAGAGGAUGCAUUCCUUGAACUCCAGGCGGCCAUUGCUGAAACGGCCGAUAACCCAGGGGUGUUUGUUGCGCCUCGCCACCAACCCGGCAGUGGCGCCUUUUCUCUCAUCAAGGGACGGGCUGUUCCCAACGGCCGGCCCAACAUCUUCCCUACGACAUCGCAGCCUCAAUCCCACGACCCAAUCGGCAAGAUGCAGCGUGAAGACGCCCUUAGCUACAUUAAUCAGUACGUUCUGCCGCGGUUGAACCUGGGCGCCAGCAACAUGGGAUUCCCUAAGGGGGCGUCCCCGGGCCGCGAUUCGGCCGCGGCCAGCCUCAACUCACUCGCGCCGUACUUUUACGGCCCCGACGCGGCCGCUGGCGUGGGCAUCUACAGCGCACCUGAGGGAGCCCGCGCCAUGCAGGACUUUACGGGCGGCGCGGGAGUCGUGGCGCACGGCGAGGACGGACCUAAGGUUCCUGGCGGCGGCGGCAGCGGCUUCGGGGGCAUGCCGCUCAUGAGCGUCGAGGACGCAGAGAUGGCCCUGGCGGCCGCCCGCAAGGAGACGGAGAAGCUCGAAAAGGGCCUCAAUGCCGUCAUCAAGCGCAACAGGCGCCUGUUGCUUGGCUCCGGGAACUAAGCAGGGUGAGGCAAGGGCGUUGGAGGGGCAGGAGGAAGAGACAGUCUUGGGCUCUUUGCGGUCACGCACACUUGGUGCGGAGGUUGCUGUUGUGGGUGGUGACAUUGACCUGUCAUGCAUGGACCGCCAUCACCGUGCCGUCCCACUUUCGAGCGAUUGCAUAUUUGCUAGACGAGCGAGCUUUGUAGCAUAUCGUGUACCACAAGCUGUACAGACUUAUUGUGUGUCAAAAGCGCACAGAUAGAAGACAAUGUGUA